CCGCGCACUGUUGCCACCCGGACUGAAGUGGUGAUGCACCGUACAACCCAGCACAAUACAAACACUGGAUGGCGAGUAAAACGUUGAAUGAGGGAGCACACUGGAGGAUAAUUGAAGUCUGUUGAAAUAUCGGGUAUCUCUAUACGCAGUAAGCCAUGCCCACCGUGGUCUUAAUGGACGUGUCUCUGUCCAUGACACGUCCUGUGUCAGUGGAUGGCAGCGAGGAGUUUCAGAGGAAGAAUCUGGCAGUCCACGGAUUAAACAUGUUGUUCGAACACAUGGCUUCAAACUACCGCCUUGAGUUCACUACACUGAUGGCCUUCUCUUCCCUCUGGGAGCUCCUGGUGCCUUUCACCAGAGAUUACAAUGCAUUACAGGAGGCUCUGAGCAACUUGGAAGAUUAUGACAAGACUUGUGUGGAAGUAGCUCUUCAAGGAGUUAGCAACGUGGUUGUGCAGGAGUGGGGCAGUGCCUGUCCCUGUCAGAUGGUGCUGGUUACAGAUGGAUCUCUUGGUAUUGGGAAGGGUUCCCUACGUCACUCCCUUCAAACAUUAAAGCAACGUGGGGACGACAAGAAGUUCCCUUUGCCUUUCCCUUUCCCUACCAAACUUUACAUUAUGUGUGUAGCAAAUGCUGAAGAGUUACAGAUGACUGAUGCCAUGGACAACUUGGAGGAGCUACUUCAUCUGAGUGGAGGGGAUGGACAGAUCUUCACUAUGGAAGGAGCACUUUGCAUGAAGAGUGUGCAGGCCAUGUUUGGGAGGCUGAUUGAUUACGCAUACUCUCCCUUCCAUGCUGUCCUGCAUUGUGGGAACUUGUCUUCAGAUGUUCAGGUUUUCCCUCGACCUGAGCCUGUUGUAUUAGAUGAAGAGGUGGAUCCCAUGCCAAAAUCAGUCAAUACAGAUUUGGAAAUUGUGGGCUUCAUUGAAAUUGCAGAUAUUUCCAGCCCCCCUGUUAUAUCCAGACACUUGGUUCUGCCUAUUGCUGUGAACAAAGAGGUGGAUGACGUUGGUACUGGAGCCACAGAUGAGCUCGAGGAGGAACCCUCAGCCAGUCAAAUGGCGGGCAAAAGUCCAAACUUUUGUGUUCUUUUACAUGGCAGUCUCAAAGUCGAGGGCAUGGUGGCUCUGGUCCAGCUGGGGCCUGAGUGGUACGGCAUGUUGUACUCCCAAGCGGACAGCAAGAAGAAGUCAAACCUCAUGAUGUCUCUGUUUGAGCCUGGUCCAGAUCCUCUGCCUUGGCUUGGCAAGAUCUCACAUUUAGGACCAAUAUCAGAGGCUGCUGAAAAUCCUUAUGGAGAGGACGACAGUAAAAGUCCUUUCCCAGUGCAGCCAGGGGCCAAACGAAGCUAUGCUCAGAAUGUCACUGUGUGGAUUAAAGCCAGUGGACUACAGACUGAUGUCCAGAAGAUCCUGAGAAAUGCCAGGAAAUUACCAGAUAAAACUCAAACUUUCUACAAGGAGCUGAACCGUCUUCGGAAAGCAGCCUUGGCUUUUGGUUUCUGGGAGCUCUUAAAGGGGGUGGCGGAUCUGCUGGAGAGAGAGUGCACCCUGCUGCCUGACUCUGCCCAUCCAGACGCCGCUUUCCAGCUCUCACACGCCGCACAGCAACUCAAACUGGCCAGCACCGGCGACUCCCAGUAUGCAGCUUUCGAUCACAACAUUGUUCCAAUGCAGACUGACUUCUCAAGCUGAAUGGUGGAAUUAGUGAGAAUGAACUUAAAUACAGCAGCAUCUGCUUCAAGGACCUUUAUGUGAAAUGUAAAGAAGUCAGAUUCAACACGACUUACUUUCCUUUUGAAAGGCCUAAAAAUGUCAAAUAAUGCAUAAUGAUGUUUGUAAAAAAUAUUCACGUGUACAGAUUUUAUCAAUGUCCCUUUGUAGGUCCUUUUCAAGAAUGACCAGAUUAAAACUUUGUUAUUA